CUCACCCCCUACUCGUCAAAUGUCUGACGCAUGGUCAGUAGACCCUGGCGUCACUUUUUAACGCACUGGGUAUACCUUUGGCGUUAUUUUUCGACGUGCAGGGUAGUCCGAUAGACUUCUAUAGAACUCAACAGCGUUGAAAUUUGACGUCUUGGGUCAGCACACCGCAACCCGUUGUCUGCCUUAUGGGUCGACACUACAAUAAAUAAAAAUAAAAAAGGAAUAGGCUACAAAAAAUGAUUUAGUAAGCAUUUUAAGUAAGCAUUUUAAGAGUUUUCUUGUAGGACACUGCUUUAAUUAUAGCAUGCUGGAUAACGUUUUUAUCGGAGGUUUGUUGAUUUUAAUAAAUAUAUAUAAUAUGCUACGAUUGAGUUCAAUUAAUCUUUUUUUGUUGUUGUUGUUUUAUUAAAUCCUCUAAAUUAAUAACGCUGACGUCAACGUAUGGGCGAUCCCAAGGUCCAUUGCGAUUUUACACUCGGUAAGUAGAAGGGUUAACGUUAAUUAAUAGAGAUGGAUUACACAUCAAAAACUGUUGAAUCAGGACAAGAAGUUGUGUUUAGAAACUUUAGAUUUGUAAGGUGGCCAUUUCUGAUGACUGAUGAUAUUUCUGAUGAUAUUUCUGAUAAAAAUAUAGCUUUCUGCACCACAUGUGCGGGCUAGCAAAGUUAGCUAAUUGAAUUCAAGUUCAUUUUUGUCGCAUAUAAUCAUGUAAGGUACAAUUAUUGGGGAAUGUAAGAUUUUCAUAAUGAGACAUACUGUAAGUGUUAGCUGUAAUGUAUGUCUGCGUUGGGAUUCUUCUUGUGGUUGUGUGUCGUUGCUCUUUGCCCAGUGUUUUGUGCCCAUUUAUACACAUGCUAGUCAGUGUAACUUAUAACUGUACUAAUGAAAGCAUAGACAUGAAAAUAAAGCACAUUAACAAAUUAAAUCAGUGUUAACUAAAAGCUUGUAUUCUAAACUACUAUGAAUGCUGAGGGAGGUUUUUGAUUAAAAUCAUCACAGGGAAAAGGAAAUAAUCCAGUUAAAGAAAUGUGUUUCCUUGUUAAUACAAAAGUAUAAUUAAUAACAUAAACAGAUUUAAAAAUGGCACUGAUUAUCAACCAAACUGGCAUUGUGAAUGGUUGGUAUCAAUAUCAGCCAUGAGUGUCAAGAUCAGUCCAUCCAUAUCUAGUGAGAUAUUGUAUUGUGAGUUUGCAAGGCAACACCCAGCCCUACAGUAUUCUGGCCUAAUAUUUAUAUAAGCACCCACAGACCUCCUCCACCACAUACCAAAGCAUGGGCAAACUAGACCAACGUUUUCUCAAGUUCUUAAGUAUUUUUGUAGUUGUAUGUAGCAUGAUCUUCAAAUCUGAAUUUAUAUUCUUUCCCUUCUCUCAACAGGUCCCCUAGUCCCUUCAUCAUUUACUUUAAAACUUCAGCUUCGUUACAAAGCAAAAACAAAGGCACUUUUUAGAGCCACGUUUGUCUAGUUAAUUGUUGUCAGUCCAUCUGGUUCUCUGUUGUUCUUGCUCUUUUGCUCUUCCCCCCUAUCCCUUUAGUGUUGUCUUGUUUGUCCUUGUUCAUCAUGAGUGACCAUUCCAAUUUCGAACAGGUCCUUAAUGAGCUUGAUGAGCUUGUUGAACAUUCUAAAUUAAAUUAUGAACUCAAGACCUUGGAAGAUUUCAUCAAUAAGAUGCCGGGAGAACAGGAGGCAGCACCAUCCACCAGCCAUCAACCAGUCCAGAAGGCUCCACCAUCCACCAGCCAUCAACCUGUCAGGUGGCUGAAGAGAGACAGUGAUGGAAAUGUUGUCUAUGACAGACCAAGAUCAUCCCGAAACCAAACAGCUACUAGUCACAGCUACAGUCGUAAGACUGGUGCUCAUACUAGGAUGUUGGACAGCAGCAUUGAGAUGACCAACUACUGUCCUCCUGACACUGUUGAGACUUUCCUUGAAGAGCUAAACCACUCACAGGGUGAUGACUUGGAUGAUCAGGAAACGGCACCAGCACCACCACGAGCUUCCUCAGACUGGUCUACUCGAAAAAGUCUCCUCUCAGAGAGGUGGGAGAAAGAGAGACCCUGUCUGGUGAAUACCAUGGUGGCACAACAAAAUGCGACAACUCAGAUCUGCCAACAAUGUGGCAGCAGUCCAGCUGCUGUCCGUUGUCGUGACUGCCGACCACAACCAUUCUUCUGUGCUGAUUGUGAUGUUAGUAUACACCGAAACCACGUGUUCCACAACAGGGAUGCAACAAUAGCUGGAUUCUUUCAGCCAUUGCCUCCAACAACCUGUGUCGUGGAGAGGGCUCUUUCCCAGUGUGUGUGUAUUGUGCCGUUGGAGAUGCCCGAGAAAAUAUGUAGUUGUUCUCCAGGAUCGUUGAGUGUCAACCCAGGAAAAGUUGUUGCUGUGGUUACAAUGAAUGGACGAUAUGAUCUCAGUAUGCCUGAGAUGAAAUGCGAGGCAUGCAAAGCCACUUGGAGCGCUGGAGUGGAUGACCUGGUCCGAAAUGACUACUGGCCUGCUACCCUUCACUUUUCCACGGUGUACGCUACAGAUGUGUUUUGUUCAUAUGAAGAGUUGAAGAUGGCAGCACCAGGACUGUCCUGCCAAGCAUUUUUAAGAAUGCUUGAUCAACGAACUGUCCGAUUUGGCCGUACUGGGAAGAUCACAGCAGACAGCUUCAGAAAAAGCUUUUUGGAGUGGGAGGCUGUUAGAUUUGAGGUGGAUAAGAUCUGCAGGGAGGAGCAUUUUGUCUGUCCUGCGUGCACCCCAGACAUGCUUGCUGUUUCUGUGGAUGGAAAUCGCAAGCACUACCGCUUUAAGAAUGCAGCAAGAUCUGAAGAACAAGCCUUAUUUGAUGGCAUCUUCAUUGCAAAAGAUGAUGAAGUAGAGAGAUUUGUGGAUUACAUUCAUUCUACCACCAACCAUGUCUCUGGAAGAGGUGUCUGUGGAGGGGAGUGGUCAGCUGCCAGGGAAACGUCUCAGAGAUCCUCAAGUAAAAUUGAUGAGGAGGGACUUGAGCUUGCAGUCUGUCGACAUGGAGUUUUUCUUGGCGCUCUCAACAUGUUCAGGGGAGAAAUCUAUGCUUAUCCCCUCUACCUGCAGAACAAGCUGGCAAAUAAGCCAAUAAGCUUUUUUGCCAUGGAUGUAACCUGCAAGUACUGGCCCUACCUCAACAAAGUGGCAAAAAGCUGCCCGGAGCUCCAGCACCUACUUAGCAUGAAACCGUUUCUCUCAGUGUUUCAUGCCAAAGCCCAUGAUUUUAAAUGUGAGGUUAAAUGGAGUGGAGCUUACCAGCAAGGGGCCGGAUUGACACUUGGGGAGGAGGUUGAGCAGUGUAACGCCUUCCUCUCUAGGAUUGCUGUGACCACGAAGCACAUGUCCAAAGCAGGACGUACAGACAUGCUUACACUGAUGGCCAUGCGCUGGAAUCAGCAAAAGUUUAAGAACUUGGCUACUUCACUUGCCUGCCGAUAUUAGAAGGCCACAAAACGCCUGGAGAGCCAACUUCAGGACCUGGAAAGCAUGAGAAUCCAGCUGGCAGUGACACAGGUUGAAGUUGAGGGCUGGGUCACUGAUAUUAAGGAGUGGGCAGAAGCAACAACAUCCCAAAAGAAUGCCGAUCUUGACGCGGUGACCAGUAGAAUGGAGGUGCUGGUGGCCAGCAUUAAAAGAAGGUCCCAGCGCCUUUACAAAGACACCGAUGGCAGCAAAGGUCGGGCCCGGAUUCGGCGCAAAAUCAGAGAGGAGAAGGCCAUUCUUAGCUCUGUUGUUGAAAAAUACAACAGUAUGGUUCCAGAUACAGAAAGAAUCGCCUUUGACAUCAUUCUCUCUGACGAGACAGUUUGGCCAUGGCAACUUUCACAUCGUGACGCUGUAGAUUUGAAAACCAAGAGGAAGGCGUUUGAUGUUGUGAUGGCAAUAAGGAGACUUGAGGAGGAGAAGAAGAUUGUUCUUUCUGAGAUGGCAAAGCAUUGGAAAUCUCUCUCCACUCGUGCAGACACACUCAAGGAGAUGUCAUGCCAGCUUUCCAGUGAGGCAUUGAAAAGUGAGCUGUGGGCUCUAAACGAAGAAGGGAUCAAGGGUUUCCUCAGCUUAACUUUGAGAAAAAAGCAAGAAGUCACCAGAAUGAUGAAGCAUGCAAGAGACUGUUAUGCUCAAGUUUUGACUGGAACAAGUAUGGACUUCCAGAAUGAUUGGGAUGGAUACGACAGUGAUUCUGAACUGUCAGACGACUGAGUAUGAGGAGCUCUCAAACCUAAAGGCCUGGCCCCCAUCUUGGGAACAUAGGAAUGACUGUGUCAUAGAAGAAGGUCUGCUAAAAUGACUGUUGUCACAUUGCUGGUUCCAAGAAACAAAAAAAUGUGGCCAUGUGGACAACAAUAAAGUUCUACUGUUCUUCUAAUGUUGUAAAUAAAAAUUAUUUGUUUAUAAAUCUCUGCUUCAUUAUUCAAAAUGUUUCCUUAAUUUUGGACAAUAAACACUGUUUUCGUACAAGCUGCUGUCUAAGUAACAUUUUAAAGCCUUGUAGUACUCAAGGUAUAGCCAGCUUUGGUGUUAUGAAUAACCUUACAGUUGACACUAACCAUAUUCUUGUAUCUACACUGUUUUUGGAAAAAAAAAAAAAAAAAAAAAGACACGUUUGUAAAAUGGAGCUUGCCCUCAAUAUGUUUUCCAUGUGUAAAUGAAGUUUACUGCUACACACUAUAUAAGUUUGUAACAAAUAAAAAGGAACAUUUAAGUGUAUUGACUACAAAACAGCUUUCCCAUGAGUUAUAGCCAUGUUUUCAACCAUUGUCAGCACACCUGAGAAGUCAAUAAAAAAAGUAAUAGUACUUAAUAAAUUAUUAAUACAAUGAUUUUACUGUCAUAAUCAGCCAGACAGUGUGUCACAUACAGUAGGUUCUGACAUAACAGUUAACGUUAGGCGUUAUUGGCUUGAAAUGCUCCAGAUCCAGGCCUAUGUAACGUUAGAUGAGCAACUUUUCUCGUAGUUUUCUCUUCCUUUUCCAAUUGGCUGCUUUGUAGUGAGAAAUGUGCAUUUUAUUUUUACAAAACUAAAGAUACAGAUAAUAUACAUUCAUUGAA